AUGGAUAUAGCUGGCCUCACUAUCGCAGUCUACCACGAGGUAUUCAAUGUCUGCGUCUUCAUCACCCAAACCAUCAUCGACGCCAGGAACCACGAGCAGGACUUUGGCGAGCUCGAGAUCAAGUUCACCUACCACCACACAAUCCUCCAGACCUUCGGGAAGCGCUUCAUCCAGGGCAAGAUCAUAUAUAAGCUUGAAGACAGUGUGGUCGUGCAGAUCAGCCAGAUCCUGCAGCAGCUGAAAAAGGUGGUGGUGGCCUACCAGGUCGUGUCCGAGAAAUAUAGCGAGAGUCACAGAAAGAGCAGAACCGGAUCCCCCUGGUGGAAGCGUCAUGGCGGAGCGGACCGAGAGAAGCUGCGAGCCGAGGCGACCACAGCUGUGCUGUUGCGGCCGGGGAACACUGGCGGGAGUGCGAUUAGCUCAGCCAUGGCUUCGAAAAAUCGCAGAGGGUUUCGAAGCCGCUUCGCACGAAAGAGGACACAGCUCGAGUGGGCGCUUUUUGAUCGCCAGAAGUUGGAAAGCAUCGCCGACGAGCACAAGCAAUGGACGGACAAGCUGGUGGACAUUAUGAAGAUGGCAUUUCUUUUCUACUUAUCCGGUGACGUUGUACAGACCGACGAGCUCGUGGACAGCGGUGAUGCCCAGGCCUUGGGCUUCUCGAGCCUCACCUCGCGGCGGUUGUUGAUUCUGGACCCGAGUCGGGGACACCAAGCCAAUAUCAUUGACCCCAAGGAGAUCGUCCUGAGUCGCUCGAAAUCGACACCAUCGACAACGUCUACCUCUAUCUCCGCUUCCUCCUCGCAAAAGGGACAAGCCAGAUAUGCCUGCGGUACACUGAACAUGCAGAAAUGCUUGGUCGAAUACAAACAGUACCCGGAAUUCGGCAAUGCCAAGAUGAAUCUUGAUAUCACACAAUCACGGAUUAGCUUCUUAUCCCAGCUCCUCGGCGUAUCCACAGACGCGGAUGAUAACAGAGCUACCCCAUACGCGCCGUCCAAUCUUCCGACCAGCCUCCACUGUAUAGGCUGGUUCCAUGAGCCUGACAAGUCACGAUACGGCCUCGCAUUCCAGAUCCCAACUGGCUACGACGAAACGCCCAUGACCCUACAAUCCGCAAUCAGCUCACUUAAAGCUGAGGCCCGUCCGACCCUUGGACAACGGUUUGAUAUCGCCUAUACGAUUGGGUACGCGCUCCUGGAGUGGCACCUCGUCGAUUGGGUUCACAAAGGGAUCAGCAGUGACAAUAUUUAUCUCCUUCGUCGCUCCAGCCAGACGCAGUGGGACUUCUCGCUGGCCCGUCUUGGGGGGUUCGAGUAUGCAAGGCCCUCGAGGGAUGGGUCAAAUGAGGCCUAUACCACUGUGGACUUCAACACGAAGGUCUACCGCCACCCCGCGCGGCAGGGCGAUCCGUCAGAGGGCUUCAACAAGAACCAUGACAUCUAUUCCUUCGGCGUUCUGCUCCUGCAGAUUGGGCUGUGGUCGUUAGUGCGUGAGUGGUUCUCGGAUGUGCGGCAGACGCCAGACGCGAUUAGGGCGACGUUGAUGAAGAAUGCGCGCACAAGGCUGGGUCAUUACAUGGGUCAGAAAUAUAUGGAUGCCGUGUUGUUCUGCCUAGAGGGAGCUUCGAGGGUGGAAGGGGAUGAUGUGAAACAGACAAGGCUGAUGACCGCGUUUAAGCAGAAUGUGAUUGAUGUCUUGGAGAAAGGACGGGUGAACCUAUGA